UCGAGGUGGGCGGGACCCGAGGUGGGCGGGUGCUGGGCUGCCUGGGGCCCAGCCGCUGUCGCGGUGCUUUCCUACCUCUCCCGCCCCGGGCGGAGGAGUUCCCGGCCUGAGUCGGCUGUCAUCGCUGGGCGCGAGGUCGGGGCUAGCGGGAGCUCGGAGCCGGGCCGCGGAGGACCCAGGAAGGCAGUCGGUGGGAAGCCCAGCCUGGGUCCCUGUGAGCAGCAGGAAGGAGAUGCGGCUGCUGUUGGCCCUGUUGGGGGUCCUGCUGGGGGCGCCCAGGGCUCCAUCUUUGUCCCUUGAGGCCUCUGAGGAAAUGGAGCUGGAGCCCUGCCUGGCCCCCAGCCUAGAGCAGCAAGAGCAGGAACUGACCGUGGCCCUUGGGCAGCCUGUGCGGUUAUGCUGUGGGCGGGCUGAGCGUGGUGGUCACUGGUACAAGGAGGGCAGCCGUCUAGCGCCUGCUGGUCGGGUACGAGGCUGGAGGGGCCGCUUGGAGAUCGCCAGCUUCCUACCUGAGGAUGCUGGCUGCUACCUCUGCCUGGCACGAGGCUCCAUGCUUGUCCUACACAAUGUCACCUUGGUUUUGGAUGACUCUUUGACCUCCAGCAAUGGUGAUGAGGAACCCAAGGCCCCCAGAGUCCCCUCAAAUGGGCACAUUUACCCCCAGCAAGCACCCUACUGGACACAUCCCCAGCGCAUGGAGAAGAAACUGCAUGCAGUGCCUGCUGGAAAUACCAUCAAGUUCCGCUGCCCAGCGGCAGGCAACCCUGUGCCCACUAUCCGCUGGCUUAAGGAUGGACAAGACUUCCGUGGGGAGCAUCGCAUUGGAGGUAUUCGGCUGCGCCACCAGCACUGGAGCCUGGUGAUGGAAAGUGUGGUGCCCUCGGACCGUGGCACAUACACCUGCCUCGUGGAGAACUCUCUGGGAAGCAUCCACUAUAGCUAUCUGCUGGACGUGCUAGAGCGGUCCCCGCACCGGCCCAUCCUGCAGGCAGGGCUCCCGGCCAACACCACAGCUGUGGCAGGCAGCGAUGUGGAGCUUCUGUGCAAGGUGUACAGUGAUGCCCAGCCCCACAUCCAGUGGCUGAAGCACAUCGUCAUCAAUGGCAGCAGCUUUGGUGCUGAUGGCUUCCCCUAUGUGCAAGUCCUAAAGACAGCAGACAUCAAUAGCUCAGAAGUAGAGGUCCUAUACCUUCGGAAUGUGUCCACCGAGGAUGCGGGAGAGUACACCUGCCUGGCAGGCAACUCCAUUGGCCUUUCCUACCAGUCAGCCUGGCUAACGGUGCUGCCAGAGGAGGACUUCACAUGGACAGCAGCAGCACCCGAGGCCAGGUACACAGACAUCAUCUUGUACGUGUCAGGCUCUCUGGCUUUGAUUGUGCUCUUGCUGCUGGCUGGGCUGUAUCACGGGCAGGUGCUCCGUGGCCGGCACCCCCGGCAGCCAGCAACUGUGCAGAAGUUAUCCCGCUUCCCUCUGGCCCGACAGGUACCAUGCCAUGCCCCACCCCUGUGUCCCCAUAGUGAGCCUCUCCGCCUGCCUCCCAGCUCUGCAGGCCGACCAAGCCUCCCACUUUGCAGUUCUCUCUGGAGUCAGGCUCCUCAGCCAAGUCAAGCUCAUCCCUGGUGCGGGGUGUCCGUCUCUCCUCCAGUGGCCCCCCCUUGCUUGCAGGCCUCGCUGGUGCUCGGGAAGCCCCUGGGUGAGGGCUGCUUCGGGCAGGUGGUGCGUGCAGAGGCUUUCGGCAUGGACCCUGCCCGACCUGACCAAGCCAGCACUGUUGCCGUCAAGAUGCUCAAGGACAAUGCCUCUGACAAGGACUUGGCAGACCUGGUCUCUGAGAUGGAGGUGAUGAAGCUGAUUGGCCGACAUAAGAACAUUAUCAACUUGCUGGGUGUCUGUACCCAGGAAGGCCCCCUGUAUGUGAUUGUGGAAUGUGCCGCCAAGGGAAAUCUUCGGGAGUUCCUGAGGGCCCGGCGCCCCCCAGGCCCUGACCUCAGCCCUGAUGGGCAGAGGAGCAGUGAGGGGCCACUCUCCUUCCCCAUGCUGGUCUCCUGCGCCUACCAGGUAGCCCGAGGCAUGCAAUAUCUGGAGUCAAGGAAGUGCAUCCACCGGGACCUGGCUGCCCGCAACGUGCUAGUGACAGAAGACAAUGUGAUGAAAAUUGCUGACUUUGGGCUGGCCCGUGGCAUCCACCACAUUGACUACUACAAGAAAACCAGCAAUGGCCGCCUGCCUGUCAAGUGGAUGGCACCUGAGGCCUUAUUUGACCGAGUCUACACACACCAGAGUGAUGUGUGGUCAUUUGGGAUCCUGCUAUGGGAGAUCUUCACCCUCGGGGGCUCCCCGUACCCCGGCAUCCCUGUGGAGGAGCUGUUUUCACUGCUGCGGGAGGGCCAUCGGAUGGACCGGCCCCCGAACUGCCCCCCAGAGCUGUAUGGGUUGAUGCGUGAGUGCUGGCAUGCAGCUCCUUCUCAGAGGCCCACUUUCAAGCAGCUGGUUGAGGCUCUGGACAAGGUCCUGCUGGCCAUCUCAGAGGAGUACCUUGACCUCCGCCUGACCUUUGGACCCUACUCUCCUGCCAGUGGGGAUGCCAGCAGUACCUGCUCCUCCAGUGACUCUGUCUUCAGCCAUGACCCCCUGCCACCGGGGCCCAGCUCCUACCCCUUCCCCACUAUGCAGACUUGAGCAGGGGCUCUAGGUUGUACAGGCAAGCUGGCCAGUGGCCUUGGCUGCCUGGCUCAGCUAUAGCCUAGCAAUGCUCGACCUUGGCAGCCCUAUGCCAUGACCUCAGGGUACUGUCCCAGAUCUGUUUUGGUUUUGGAGAAGUCUGUCCUUGGUCUUGGUCCCUAGUUGAGGCCUCCUGUUCCCGAAA